AUGGCUGAGUGGUUAGGGCGCGAAUUUACUGAUCGGAAGAUUUGUGGUUCAAAUCCGACCUGUGCCUCACGACUUCCCCUGUCUAGACUUGGACAGCCUGGCAGUAUCCACGUUUCCUUCGGCUCUUCUGAUGGCGUGCCACCAACUCGUAAUCACACCAUGAAUUUUACAAAACUUCCUCUAGCCGCCGGUGGUUUACUAUUCUCUGCAGUUCUUGUGAAACGUAAUUGGAAACCGGCGAACACAUCUGAGGAUACUUCUCCGGAAUCUGCGCAAUCAACGAUCGCGAUUAAACCUUGGGAUAACUCUUGGGAUAUUCGUAAUGCAUUACCGGCAGUUGAACAUAUUGGCUCAGAACCUUACAGCAAAGUGCUAAUUCUUAUUCGUCAUGGGCAGUACAAUCUGAAAGGUCCCACGCCUGAUGAAAAGGUGCUCACCAAAAUAGGUUGGCAACAGGCCUACGAAGCUGGGCGUCAACUCAAACGCACUGGUGUAAGAAUCGAUCGUAUUGUUCAUUCAGAUCUGAUCAGAGCACGUCAGACUACUGCCGCACUGCUGGCUGGUUUACAGGAUGACUCGGAUAGUUUGUUCGACCUUCCACUGUUGACAAACCUGGCCGCUCCCCGCUGUGAUGGUCUAGAUGGGGAUUACGCGCUUGAUAGUCGUUCAGUUGGUCGAGACGGGACAAUUUCUUCAAUGAAUUCAACUCAUAUGAUCAGUCGUCCUUACAGACCGUUUCCUGAGGCAGAGUUCGACUGCCAACAGUCCCGGUUUCUUGCUGAAGGCCCACCACCAGUUGCACCGGAGCCACCCACUCGUAGCUCCACCACGGAGGCGGUUCGACAGACAGAGGGGCCUCGGUUGGAACAGGGUUUCCAAACACACGUUCAUCGUGUUCCUGUGACACCCACUGGUCAGUUGGCCCAUGCAGCCACACGGCGCCAGUUCCAGUCCUGGUCGAGAUGUUGCACAUGCUUACUCAGUAUACGCCCCGGCUGUUCCUGUGCUUGCCACCGGAUACACAACGGGGACCCGUGUGAAACCGUAGUGUUUGUUGGCCACGCCAAUGUGUUCCGUUUCUGGCUUUGUCGUGCAUUGCAGUUGCCACCUGAAGCCUGGCUGCGAUUCCAGUUGUACCACGGAAGCAUCAGUUGUUUGGUGAUCACAUAUGAACCUCAGAGGAGAAUCGCUUCUCGCAUUGGACUGUCCGACGCGGAUUCUGCUGGUCGAUGUACCGUGUCUGCUGUGCGAAUAGGUGAAGUCGGUCACCUGGAAAAACACUUGCUAUCGAGCUAGACCACUUUUUGAUGUGACGUCCCAAUAUGUUUUUCUUGAUUUUUUUCACUACAGAAAUGGAUCUUAUUGUACUUAAAAUGUCUCAUUCCAAAGGGAUCCGAUUAGUGUAGUGGAACAAGCAUGUCAUUCCUUCCCGACCGCUAGGAUUUGUUUUACCACUGAACGUCAAUCAGACUGUCACCUCAUAUUUACAUGUAAGUUGUGCGAAUCAGCCGACGUUACCAUCGAUUCUUUUUCGUUGGUUUUCGCUGUUCCAUAAUGUGGGUCGUACUUUGGAUUCUUCGCCCCCCCCC